GUCAAAAAAAGAAAAGAAAGGAGGUAGAGAAAAAAGAAAUCUAAGAACUUGUCCUCAAAUUCAUGUUUCUGGAUAUUCACUUUGUAUACCAAGUAUAUAAGAAACCCUGUUAGGUGCUAAAUUGAUGAAAUACACAAUUCAGCUGUAAGUAGUUGUAUACCAUGCACGUUUUAUAUAUCUUUCAGAAGGUAUAAAUCAUUCUGUUCUUGUUUGGAGUGUGUGCAAACAAAUAACUAGAAUUUAUACUAGCCUCAACAUCUUUGUUCCUUAUUUGCCAAUUUCUUUUAUAACUCUGCUUCCCCCGCUUAGCAAAGAAUUUCACAAAACCCUGAUAUAGGAAGGAUGUGGUGGUGCAAGCCUGUAAUCCCAGCAAAUGGGAGGCAGAGACAGGACAGAUUGCAAGUUUGGGGCCAAAUGGGGAGACCCUAUCUCAAACAAAUACAAGGCUAGGGAGAUGGCUCAUUUGGUGAAGUGCCCGCUGUGUACCCAGAAACUGAAAAGCCAGGCAAGGCGGCACACAUCUGUAACCUGGAUGAGGGUGUCGGGGAGGACAGGGACACAGGGAACUGGCAGGUCCCUGGUGUUCACUGGCACUGAAAUCUGGCUUCCACACGCAUGCAUGCACGCACACACCCCACAAGAAGACAUACACAACUGCCAUACACAUACAUACAUACAAAUGCAAAACUUUGAUAUGAAACAAUAAGGCUAAUUUGUUUAAGAUUGUAGUAGUAUUUGUGGUUUUACAACAUCUUCUGGGUGAUUUACCUACCAGUGAGAUAAUGUAUGGUGAACUAUGGUAGUGCUAAAUAAUACAAUGGAAAAUUAACUUAGAAUUAAUAAGCUGAGAUUCCAGCUCCUGAAUAAUGUACUGUCUGGUAAAACUUAAGUCUACUUUGUUUUUUGAGGUUCACAUAACCUGCAUUAUAAUUUCACAGUUUAUAUAUGUUUACUGGAAUCUUUUCCUUAUGCGGUUUUCUAGAUACCAUGCAAACCAGAGCAUCAGUGAGUGUCCUUUUGGAGGAUAAAUUGUUGAGACUGGAGCUGGAAAGAUGGUUCGCUCUGCUCUGCUUUAUGAAAUAUGGGAGACGACAGACCGUUUGUGUGCAAUGCCCCGGGCUGUGGACAGAGAUUUACAAACGAGGACCACCUGGCAGUUCAUAAACACAAGCAUGAGAUGACCCUGAAAUUUGGCCCAGCCCGGACGGACUCAGUCAUCAUUGCAGAUCAAACGCCUACUCCGACUAGAUUCCUGAAGAACUGUGAGGAGGUGGGGCUCUUCAAUGAACUAGCUAGUUCCUUUGAACAUGAAUUUAAGAAAGCUGCAGAUGAAGAUGAAAAAAAGGGUGCUGCUGGGCCUCUUGACAUGUCUCUGCCUUCUACACCAGACAUCAAAAUCAAGGAGGAGGAGCCGGUGGAGGUAGACUCAUCGCCCCCGGACAGUCCUGCCUCUAGCCCCUGUUCCCCACCACUGAAGGAGAAGGAAGUUGCCACAAAACCUGUUGUGAUUUCUACCCCUACACCCACCAUUGUACGUCCUGGCUCCCUGCCUCUUCACUUAGGUUAUGAUCCACUUCAUCCAACUCUUCCUUCCCCAACCUCUGUCAUCACACAGGCUCCACCAUCUAACAGGCAAAUAGGAUCUCCUACUGGCUCCCUCCCUCUCGUCAUGCAUCUUGCUAAUGGACAGACCAUGCCUGUGCUGCCAGGGCCUCCAGUACAGAUGCCUUCUGUUAUUUCGCUGGCCAGACCUGUGUCCAUGGUGCCCAACAUUCCUGGUAUACCUGGCCCACCAGUUAACAGUAGUGGCUCCAUUUCUCCAUCUGGUCACCCUAUGCCAUCAGAAGCCAAGAUGAGACUAAAAGCCACUCUGACCCACCAAGUCUCUUCAGUCAAUGGCGGUUGUGGAAUGGUGGUGGGUACUGCCAGCACCAUGGUGACAGCCCGUCCAGAGCAGAACCAGAUCCUCAUCCAGCACCCUGAUACCCCAUCCCCUGCCCAGCCACAGGUCUCUCCAGCCCAGCCCACCCCUAGCACUGGGGGACGGCGGCGGCGUACUGUAGAUGAAGAUCCAGAUGAGCGACGGCAGCGAUUUUUAGAGCGAAACCGAGCUGCAGCCUCCCGAUGCCGCCAAAAGCGGAAGCUGUGGGUGUCCUCCCUGGAAAAGAAGGCAGAAGAACUUACUUCUCAGAACAUUCAGCUGAGUAAUGAAGUCACAUUACUACGGAAUGAGGUGGCUCAGCUGAAGCAGCUCCUGUUAGCUCAUAAAGACUGCCCUGUCACUGCACUGCAGAAAAAGACGCAAGGCUACCUAGAGAGUCCCAAGGAAAGCUCAGAGCCAACGGGUUCUCCAGCCCCAGUGAUUCAGCACAGUUCUGCAACAGCCCCCAGCAAUGGCCUCAGUGUUCGAUCUGCAGCUGAAGCUGUGGCCACCUCGGUCCUCACACAGAUGGCCAGCCAAAGGACAGAACUGAGCAUGCCCAUACAGUCACAUGUGAUCAUGACCCCACAGUCACAGUCUGCGGGCAGAUGAUGCCUCCCAUGAUGGAGAGAUCCCCAGCCAGAGCUCGCCCGCCUGAGCCAAGAGAGAGAUCAACUUACCCCUCCCAUCUGCCUUGGAUGUGGCAGUGUGGGAGAGGAGGAAAUUGUGUGUUGUGAGUAUGGACAGAUGUGGGGCUUGUCUCUUCAACCACAUGAUCAUGUACGCGUGACACCUGAGCUAAGGGCUCCUAGCCCCAAAGCCACAUAGAUCGUCCCCCAAGAGUGGGGUUUCUUAUGUACCUACAGCCAAAGGCCUUUCCGUAUGGUCCGAGCAGUCAUCCCCGGCCCUGAUGCAUGUGUACCUGUCUCUUAACACUAACCCUUGCACUUGUAGGUUUGGGGUUUUUCAGUGUCCUCUCCUCCCACUUGAGCUGUGGCUGUUAUCUUCUUAUUCCUUACUAGCAUGCCACUUCCUGCCAGAUAGAGGGAGACUAGAUUUGAUGGCAUGUUACUUGCUGUCUCAACCCCAGCCACCCCAUGCACUCAGGACUUUGUCUCCCAAGAGCUGCUUAUUUAUCUCUUCCCCCCUCUUCCUAAUUGCAGUGAAAACAUUCACUUACUGAGAAUGUAAUACCUUUGAUGUAUGAAGUAGCAGUAUUUUCCACCUCUUCCCUGUGCUUUAUUCUUUAUUCCCAUCUGCUACCAAAAACAAACAAACAAAAAAAGCAAAACUCUGAGAGUUUGAAUCAUUUUCAUUUCCACAUCUAUUGGGUACCUCAUUUUGUCUCUUGACUUUCCUUAGUCUAGUGGUGGGGUCUUUCUUACCACCCUACUAUGGCUUGGGAACCUCAUCUUGUGGCCUUAUUGUUAGUGGCAAUGAAAAGGGAGAGAGCCUGGGAUCUAACUGGGCUUCCCUGUCUCCUUCCCUACCCUCCAGUUCUAAUCAUCAGGGCAGACAGGAACAGUGUAAUUUAAAACUUGUUCCAUCAGGUUACUGGAUUAACUAAUUCUCUGGUGUUUUACAAUAGUUUACUGGCUGAAGUCUACAUAUUGUCAUCUUUGGUCGUCUGUGUGCUCCCUCCUCUCCACUUUGUUCCCCUCUCCACAUCAUUGCCUUUCCCACCAUAGCUGCUUUAGAUCAGCCCCCCUGGAGGUUCUCUUGUUCCGCGUUCCUCCUACAGCUCUCAGCCCCCUUCUCCUCUGAGGUGUGUCUUGUACCCACCAGUGUCAGUUACCCUUCUCUCUCACCUGCUUUCUCUCACCAGGUUCCUAGCCUCGCCACUAGGUGUCUCUAGUCUGAAAUUUCUUUGAACUCGUUUUUGUUGUUGUUGUUCUGUGCCCCGCAAAUAUAGUGCUUGUCCAAGGCACAGGCUCCAGGGCUCUGAAACAUUGUGGUCAAGGUCCUGAGUGGCUUUUGAGUAUGAGUGAGUGGAGAGAGAAGAGGAAAAUGUGUACACUCAACAAAGCGCUCAGGAUAUGGCCUGUUUGUCUGGGAGAUUGCUGACUGUGGCUGUUGGCUACCCUUAUUUGGUGGGAUACAGGGAAAGAAAUACACCCCUCCUCUUCCUCGUCUCUCCUUGGCUCAGAACACUGCAGUCUCUUCCAGAGCCAGAGGCCUGUGGAUAGAUAGGUCAGCUUUAAUAGCUCUGAGUAGAGAGCCGUCCCAGUUGUCCCAGAGCCACCUUCUGCCAUCUGCUCAAGCCGGGAGUCUUCUUUCUGCCUCGAUCUUAAAUGUACAGAAUAACUGCUUGCGUUCUUUUUUAUUUUAUCUUCCAAAACUCGUUGUCAUGGAGGAAUGAGAAAAUGUUCUGUCUUACAUGAUUAUCUCUUCAGUUUAGACUAGUGAGCCCAUCCUGUGACAUGUUUAUGUCAGUUUUCCCUCCUCUUCUACCACCAGGAUCGGCCCCUGAGGUGACAAGGCUAGCAGAUGUCACCAGACGGUCAGGGCAGGCCACCAUCUCCAGGGAUUUCACUUGGCUUCAGAACUUCACAGCCAUAGUUUGUGCUCAGGACUUAUUCAGGUGGCUGCUUCCUGGUUUUUUGUUGUUGUUGUUUUGUUUUUUCCUAUUUAUAAAUUUUGUUUCUUUCUUUCUUUUUUCUUUUUUU